CUUCUCCCUUCUUUCCCUCGAGCUUCCGUGCGAGUGCGACCGUGAGUGCGCCCUCAGCCGUUACAGCGGCUGCUCCUCCCUCCAUAUCUUCCUCACAUCAUACGCUCGCUCCCCUGCAUCUUCAUCUUCAAACACCGACUUUAUCUCGCAACAUGCCGUUGAUUGGGCCCAGAAAUUACUCCUCCCCAUAAACACCUUGUACACUCUAUCAGCACACACCAAACAAAAAAGAGGCAGUCCAGGACACCGCACAGCACAGCACAGCUUUUCCUUUUUAGCAUACUCCGCGCGUGCUUGCGUCCUCCAGAGUUGAGAAGGCUCGCGAGGCGCCCGCCACAGCUCCCGUCGCCCCCCCAGCCCCAGGAAGAGCGAGGAGCAAACCGGGAUCGGUCCUCCUUGGCGCCGCCAAGCCGGUGAUUCGGUGGCCGAUCAAGGUGUUUGUGGAGGAGGAUCAUACAAGUCGAUCGGACGCUGGGAGGAUGUUGAGCACAAGAUUGCAGGGAUGCAGCAGCGUUCUCCUGCUCGUGUUCCUCCUCGUCGCCAACGCGUCAGGCACCUUGUCUGAAGAACAAGAAGUGGAAGAGAGCAGGAGGCGGUCGCUGGCGACGGGGCUGUUCUGCGUGGCGCAGCAGGGCGCCGACCCGACGGCGCUGCAGACGGGGCUCAACUACGCGUGCGGCCCCGGCCACGCCGACUGCGGCCCGAUCCAGCCCGGCGGCAAGUGCUACAAGGCCAACGACCUGCCGGCGCUCGCCUCCUACGCCUACAACGACUACUACCAGCGCAACGCCGCCUCCGGCGCCAGCUGCAACUUCAGCGGCACCGCCAUCACCACCCCCAACGACCCCAGCUCCGGGCAGUGCGUCUUCGCCGGAAGCUCCAUGGCGGGAGGCUCCAACAGCACGAUGCCGGGGGCGAGCGCCCCUACCAGCCUCUUCCCGCCGUCGACGUUCACGCCGGGCUUCGGGGGGAGCCCCGCCAGCUCCUUCAACCCUGUGGACGAUGCGGACAGCGUCAUGGCCGGCGCUCGCCGGGCGCUCUGCGUGCUGCUGCUCCUGCUGCCGCUCUUCUUCUUCUGAUCGAUGCCUCCGGUCCACUGUAAAUUUUGCUCCAUGGCAUUCGUUGCAAUUUACGUACGCACUAGAGAAUAUUACUAUCAGGUUACAUGAGAGGGAGGAACUCUAGAGUGUCAUCAUCUUUACAUGUUUUUGUUCUUCAAGAAGUAAACCAUCACUUGGUGUACAUGUUAGCUCGGAUCUUCUAUAAACCAAACUAUACUACUA